AUGAUCCCCGACACAACCUCCUCCCCCACAAUUGGAUUGAUGCGGCUCCAAUUCUGGCGCGACUCUGUAACGAAGAUUCUUGCCGGCACACCACCAAAAGAACCCGUCGCUAUCUUGCUUGCGUCCGCCAUCUCCGAACUCCACGAGCGCACGCAGGGCCGCGCGCGCAUAAGCAAGGGCUGGCUGACCCGUAUAAUUAAUGCGCGGGAGCAAACCCUAACAAACGACCCGUACCCAAAUAUCGCCGCGCUCGAGUCCUACGCGGAGAAUACAUACUCCACCCUCAUGUAUCUCACUCUGUCGGCAUUGCCCAUGGCUUCGGUAACUGCAGAUCAUGUUGCAUCUCACAUUGGAAAGGCAGUGGGAAUUUCGGCCGUGUUGCGUGGACUGCCGUUUGUUGCGUUCCCUGCGCCGGCUGCUCAAGCACCUGCUGGCGGGGCUGCGGGUUCCGCGAUGGGAGGUGGUGCGAAGCAGGGGGCCGUGAUGUUGCCUCUGGAUGUUAUGGCAGAGACUGGUGUUAGGGAAGAGGAUGUCCUCCGGUAUGGAGCACAAGCUGAGGGUCUCCGGGAUGCGGUUUUUACUGUUGCGACACGGGCAAGUGAUCAUUUGAUUACGGCGCAGCAGAUGUUGAGCAAUCUCCAAGCUGGAGAGGAUGUCGGUCAUGAAUUUGAGCAUGAGGGCGAAGAGGGCCAUGAAUAUGAUUCCCCUGGUGCUCGGAGCAACGAGUCACCUCUCGAUGAGGUCAACCGGGCAUUUGGUGUUUUCCUGCCUGCGGUCAGUACUCGUCUGUGGUUGGAUCGUCUUCAGAAGCAAGACUUCGAUGUUUUCAGUCCGGAGUUGCUCCGGUCAGAAUGGAGACUUCCAUGGAAGGCUUACUCGGCCUAUCGACGGAAGUCUCUAGAUUGA